UCGCUGAACUGUGUUGGAAGACAGGCAAUUGUGUGGUGGCAUAGAGAUGUCGAAAAUCAUGAACGCCGAAAAGAUAAAAGGACCCGUGCUCGGCCUCGAGAGUCGUGCGCUGCGCAGCAAAUCGCUAGCUGUUCGAAUUCACCGCGAACGAAUACUAGCGGAAGAGAAGAUGAAACUGUGGCCGUAGAAGUGAGAGAUGAUGAUGACAGACAAAGAGAUAACAACAAACAUCAAGAAUCGCAACGGUCAAACCUUGAAGAAAGAUAUCAGCGAGAGGAAGAUAAAAUAGAAGUAGGGGAACGACAAACGAAGGAAUCGUUGGAAGAAACUAGGGAGGAAGAAGAGAAAGAUGAAAUGAAAGAAGAAGAAGAAGAAUCGGUUCGAGAAGAUGAGCCAAAACAACAAGAAAACGAAGAAGCGAAACAUGAUGUCGAAGUUGCACCUCGUCGAGACGUCGAGAGAGAAACGAGAAAAGGAAAAGAAACAAUCGGAUCGAUUUCUGAAGGGUCGGCUGGUAGCAACGAGCAAAUCGUCACUCCUUCCAAAUCUAUCGGUGAAGAAGAGAAGAAUUCGAAGCAAGACAGCGCAUCCUCGUCCGAUGUCGACAAUCGAACGAAGCAACGACUGUCCGACUUUGAUUGCACGACUGCCAGUCCAGUCGACAUGUCGUGUUCGAGUGCAACGAUUGCAAUUUCCAAUGCUUUAUCUGAUAUGUUCCUUCGACCUCCCAAUCCAUCGUCUGAUAAACGUUGUCUUAGUCCAGGAGAAAUAACGUUGGAAUGCAAUAAACAGGCAGAAGGAGAAAAUUGUGCAGCUUCCUCCGACACUAGACCUGAUGAAACGGAACGUAUUGGUAUUGCAAAUACAAGAACUGAGAAUAGAAUGAGAAUAAUACGAGUGCGUGAAAGACUUGUUGAUCAGUUUCUAGCAGCAUCUGCGUCAAAUACCAUGGACGACAUCGAGACUGGUGGGAUUCUUUGCGGAAAAGAAAUCAAUGGAGUGUUGUACGUAACUCAUAUUCUCAUUCCUGAACAAACGGGAAAUUCAUUUUUCUGUACAACGUAUGACGAAGAUGACUUGGCGUUUUAUCAACUUGAACACGAGCUUAUGACCGUGGGAUGGAUUCACAUUGAGCCCUCUCAUGGCUGUUUUAUCUACGUCAAGUGUUGACCUUCAUUGUCACUACUCGUAUUAGAGACCGAUGAAAGAGUCAAUAGCUAUCGUGUGUGCUCCAGAACGGUAAGAGUGCAGAUCGAUUUACAAACGACGUUGAGUUGGGAGUGACUCGACGUGGAAUGGACUGCAUUACACCAGUGGCGGAUCAAAGGGGGUUUCAUCAAGCAGGGACUAUGCAGCGGCGGCGGAGCGUCUUGCAAGUUGGGGGGGGGCAAGCCAUGAAAUCCGGAACAUUUAGCAAAUUAAGCACGUACAAAUACCUCUUAAACGAAUCUACGUACGGAUAUAUAUUGUGUAUAUAAUAUUGAAAUAGUGGGUUCAGAUAUAGACUAUCUGUUUAGUGAUACGGUAUACAGUCUAGAACUUUAUAACUAUAAUAGACUCAUCAUGC